UAUCCAAUGGACCAAAAAACAAAAACCCAGGUUCAUGGUUGAACACGUAGCAAUAGAUAGAUAUACUGUCACUGAAACCAAUACACACAGUUAUGUUCCUCUUCCUCGUCCAACACACAAUUCCACUUCUUGUUUCACACAACAUUAGGUAAGAUAAUCCCCAUUUUCAUACUUAAGUAAUUUUUACUCUCAAAUUCUUUAUUAUCCCUUUUGUUUCCAAGCUUCAAGCUUUAUUUGAAUUUUGUUGGAAAAUUCAGUUUAUAGAACACCAGAACUUUUGAUGUAUAUAAAGUUUUGAUUUUGGAAUAGGAAUGGCUUGUUUUUCUUUACCUUGUUGUACUGGGUCAUUUUUGACCCCAGACAGGUUACAAAUUAGAUAUUUUAGGGUUUAUAGAGGUUUAUGCACUAGCUCAAUUUUUUUACCUUUGGAGUUUAAUCAAUGUUAUAAACUUCAAAAUGAGUUUAUAUGGAACAAGAAUUUUGAGUGUUAUGGUAGAAAAAGUAGAGUUUCUUCAUUUAGGUUUCCUUAUUGUUGCAAAAUUGAGCCACUUGUUAGUAGAACUAGGGGUGAUAGAAAGAGUGAUCAUUAUGGUAAAGGGGAAAGUAAUAGGUUGAAGAAGCGAUUUUCGUUGAGGUUGCGGCCGAGGUUACGGUUGUUUGCUAUGAGAAUGAAAAGGGCUUCUUUUAAAUCUGUUUUGAAUGAGUUGGGAAUGUUUAUUAGGAAGAAUAAUAGGACGGUGGCAUUUUCCACCUCGUUUUCAAUUGUGUUCACUCUUUGUUUCAUGUUUUUGAAAUUGACUUCGCUUCCCCCUGCAAAAGUUGUUCCAUAUUCGGACUUGAUUGCGAGCCUUCAAAAUGGAUAUGUGGCAAAGGUUUUAGUUGAAGAAGGGUCUCGCCGUAUAUAUUACAAUAUGAAAUCUCAGGUUGUUGAAAAUGAUAAGGUUUUGGGUGAAGAAUCACAACAAGUAGUAGAUGUUUCGAAUCUUUUGACUGAUAAGGAUAUAGAUGAGGUUGGGAAUGAGGAUACUUCAAGAUCUGGCCAAAUUCCUGUAUUGAAUAAAUUGAAGAAAAUCUCAACGAAACGAGCUUCGAUUCCUGAAUGGCAGUAUUCCACGAGAAAACUUGAUCAUGACGAAAAAUUCCUUGUUAGUUUGAUGAGAGAAAAGGGAGUUACAUUUAGCUCUGCGCCUCAAUCCGUGUUAAUGUCGAUGAGGAGUACUUUGAUAACUGUGAUUACACUAUGGAUACCUUUAAUUCCGUUGAUGUGGCUUCUAUAUCGUCAACUUUCUGCUGCUAAUAGUCCAGCAAAGAAGCGGAAACCUAAUAGUCAGACAGUUGGAUUUGAAGAUGUCCAAGGUGUUGAUUCUGCAAAAGUAGAACUCAUGGAGAUAGUUUCAUGUCUGCAAGGGGACAUAAAUUACCAAAAGGUAGGGGCAAAGCUACCUAGAGGAGUGUUGUUGGUUGGUCCUCCAGGAACUGGGAAGACAUUACUUGCUCGUGCAGUGGCCGGGGAAGCAGGUGUGCCCUUUUUCACAGUAUCUGCCAGUGAGUUUGUAGAAUUGUUUGUUGGAAGAGGAGCUGCUAGAAUCAGAGACCUUUUUAGUACUGCAAGGAAAUUUGCACCGUCAAUCAUAUUCAUUGAUGAACUUGAUGCGGUUGGAGGCAAGCGUGGAAGAAGCUUCAAUGAUGAACGUGACCAAACACUAAACCAGUUGCUGACAGAAAUGGAUGGAUUCGAAUCCGAGAUGAGAGUGGUUGUCAUUGCAGCAACUAACAGACCAGAAGCCUUGGAUCCAGCCCUAUGUCGGCCUGGUCGUUUCUCGAGGAAAGUCUUUGUAGGGGAACCUGAUGAAGAAGGAAGGAGAAAGAUAUUAGCUGUUCAUCUAAAAGGUGUUCCUUUAGAGGAGGAUGCUAACAUCAUAUGUCAAUUAAUUGCUACUCUUACUGCUGGUCUUGUAGGUGCUGAUCUAGCAAACAUUGUCAAUGAAUCCGCUUUGCUCGCUGCUCGAAGAGGUAGUGAAAGUGUGGCAAGGGAAGAUAUAAUGGAAGCUAUUGAAAGAGCAAAGUUUGGAAUAAAUGAUAAGCAACUAAGGUCUAGUAAAAUAAGCAAGGAACUAAAUAAGCUAUUCCCUUGGAUGCCAUCAUUGAUGGGAAGAAGUGAUAGAAAACAAGAUGACAUGCAAGGACCACUAGGUUAUCAAUCAUUGAAUUCAUGAACUGGCUUGCAUGUCAAAAUUUACUUGUACAAUUUUGUACUUAUCAUUGUCCACACUUAUUUAUUUGUAUGAAAAAAAAAACAUUGUUCACAUCUUAUAUGAUGUGCUCAAGAAAACAUUGUCCACAGAAAAUGAGAAGUCAUUGUAUUUUUUCAAAGGUUAAAUA